CGCAAGCGCAUUCCGGUGUAUGUCGACGUUUUCCAAUUUUCGACUACAGAAGCGGUACUUCGUUUCGUUAGUGUCUGAUCGUAAUUAAACAGUGCAACUUGGUAGAACUAUAUAUUAUGUCUGGAAAAUCGAAAGCAUUCACCAAAGAAGAAGAGCUUCUUCUUCAGGAUUUCUCACGAAACGUUUCAACGAAGUCAUCUGCGCUUUUCUACGGCAAUGCUUUCAUCGUAUCGGCGAUUCCCAUCUGGCUCUUCUGGAGAAUUCAUCUGAUUGAUUUGUACUCCAGUUUAAUAUCCUUUGUUUUGGUCACUGUCGCCAGUACAUACCUUGUUGCACUAGCUUAUAAAAAUACCAAGUUUGUUCUAAAACAUAAGAUUGCUGUGAAAAGGGAAGAUGCUGUCACGAGGGAAAUGACCCGUAAAUUAGCUGAGGAUAAGAAAAUGAGCAAAAAGGAAAAAGAUGAGAGGAUUUUAUGGAAGAAGAAUGAAGUUGCAGAUUAUGAGGCAACAACCUUUGCCAUCUUCUACAAUAAUGCAGUGUUCUUGGCUCUUGUCAUCCUCUCUUCGUUUUAUAUACUGAAAACAUUCACACCUGCAGUAAAUUAUAUUCUAUCUGUAGGAACAGCUAGUGCCCUGUUAGCACUUCUGUCAACUGGUUCUCAGUAAUUUGAUUCCACAUAAAAGUCAUUAUGACAAUUCCUAAUACAAUUGUUAAUUUGUUUCAUGAGAUUCUGUAAGUGUUUGGAAACAUCUUUUGAUAUGAGUGAGUGUGUGAGAUUGACAAAUACAAUCUUAUUUAUAAUACCUUGAUCUUAAUAAUAAGUAUAUUGUUUUCCUAC